GCUCAGGCAAUCCGAGGCCCAGGCAGCCCUCGGUUCCGGCCGUGCGAGUCGCGCGGCGCCGUGCCUUGCGCCAGCGCCCGAGCAUUCGGGGUGCGAUGAAGGACGAGGACGAGCCGGCGGCCUCGGGCUCGUCCGACGGGGUCGCAGCGGCCGCGUUCCCGAGCCCGCCGGUGCGGCCCGCGGGGCCGACGCCCCGCGACGUGUGGCUGCUGCUGGGCCGCAUGCGCCACGAGGUCUUCGUGGGGCUCGGCCUGGUCUCGGCGGUGGUGUUCUGCGCAACCCUGGCGAGGGAGGGCGGUCUGCGAGACCACGCGGCGACGCACGCGUUCCUGCUCCUGGCGGCGUGCCUGGCGAUCGCGUACGACUGGCGCGCCGUUGGCCCCACGGUCGCCCUGCAGCAGGGUCCUGUGGCUGCUGCGGUAGCGUGGCUUCUGGCAGUCUUCGGAGGCCCUUUGGUCACUCGGACCGUCUUCCAAAGUUUGAUAUUCAUGAUGUUUUCCCUCCUAGCUUUCAUCGUAAUCCUCGCAGUCGUGGUGAGUGGAGGUGCUUUGCUUAUCCCAAGCGUGGUUGUCGGUAUAGUUGCAGUGGUGCUUUGGUAUGUGCGAACUGUCAUGGCUGAUGCACUUGGAGUCGCAGCAGUCUUCCUCGGGACCUAUUGGAUGUUGAAAUCUGCUAUGCUUGUUGAGCGAGUGGAAAAAUGGCCUCGCGUCACCAUGGUGGAGCCUCAGUCUGAAGAGUACAACGCCCAGCUGGCUGCUUUCCAGAAUGCUUGCACAGUCUGGGGUCACAUGUAUCCCUUCCAACUUACCGUGCGCAAUAUUUACAAAGUCAGGCGGCGCUUGCGUGCAGAAACGCUUGCCAACACAAAGCACUUGUACCACGGCACCGAAUGGCAUUCGGCGAAAGGGAUCGUUUGCGACGGCUUCAGGCUUCCAAUGCGCCCCGGGAUGUUCGGCACCGGCAUCUACUUCGCGGAUUGCCCCCUGAAGAGUUGGCGCUAUUGUUUCCCGUCCUUCGGCGUCAGCACCAUGCUGCCGCGGAUCAAGCAGCGAGGCGGGCUCAUCCUGAUGUGCGAGGUGGCGCUGGGCGAGGUGCGCCCCGAGGCGCAGGCGAACCGGGGGCACCGCGGCUUCGACCGUCGCAGCCUGAGGUCUUGGCUGCAAUGCUGGCCCUGUAGGCGCCGCGCCCCAGAUUCGGUAGUCGGCCUGACCCACGGAGCGGGGGGAUCCCUCAGGGUUCCAGAGUACGUGAUCUACGAUCCAUCAAGGGCCGGUGUCGAGUACAUCUUCUCGGUCUCCAAGGCAUGAUUCGCGAGCUGGGUGCCUCCUUCGACGAUCAGCUGGCGCGUCGAAGUUGCUGCGUGCGGUCCGUUGUUGCAGGACGUAUGGAUCCAAGAUACUUCGCAUUUGCCCGCGGCGAGGUGCCCAGAUAUCAAAAAGAAAUCAGGUCG